UCUAACUCGGCGCGCCCGGCGCCCCGUUCGUCUCGUACUCUCGCCGCGGCGGCCAUGCAUGCGGUCGCGCGCCGCCUCUCCCCGCAUGAAGCGCCCCUCCUUCUCAGUGUCGGUGACCACGGCGUCGCAGGUCCACGACGCCAUCGAUCGACUCCUCCCGCUGCUCCGCGCCGACGCCUCCCACGCCCCCGCCGCGCGCGCUCUCGCCGCGGCCGCCGCCUCGCUCCGACCGCCCUCCACGCUCCUCUCCAACCGCAUCCUCCACCUGCUCUCCUCCCACCCCGCCACGCUCCCGGACGCGCUCGCCCUCCUCUCCUCCCUCCCCAGCCCCGAUGUGUGCUCCUACAACACCCUCGUCGCGGCGCUCGCCCGCUCCCCGCGGGGUCUCGCCUCCGCGCGCGCGCUGUUCGACCGAAUGCCCCGGAGGGACCACUUCUCCUGGUCCGCCAUCGUCUCCGCCCACGCGCGCCACGGCCAGCCCCGCGCCGCUCUCGCGCUCUACAGACGGAUGCUGCGGGAGCCCGGGAGCGCCGCCGCUGACAACGAGUUCACCGCGUCCAGCGCGCUCGUCGCGGCCGCGGCUGCCCGGUGCGCGCGCGCGGGGAGGGAGCUGCACUGCCACGUGGUCAGGAGAGGGAUCGACGCGGAUGCCGUCAUCUGGAGCGCGCUCGCAGACAUGUACGCCAAGUGCGGGCGUGUGGACGACGCGAGGAGCGUGUUCGACGAGAUGCCUGUCCGGGACAUUGUUUCUUGGACAGCCAUGGUGGAGAGGUACUUCGACGCCGGGCGUGGCAGUGAAGGUUUCAGGCUCUUUGUCCACAUGCUGAGGAGUGGCGUUCGACCGAAUGAGUUUACAUACGCAGGGGUUCUGCGUGCUUGUGCAGAAUUCACCUCCGAGAAACUCGGGAGGCAGGUGCAUGGUCGAAUGGCAAAGAGCAGGGCAGGGGACUCGUGCUUUGCAGAGAGCGCGCUUGUGCACAUGUACUCCAAAUGCGGGGAUAUGGGGACUGCGAUUUGCGUCUUUGAGGCGACGCCAAAGCCAGACUUGGUGUCGUGGACAGCCGUGAUAUCUGGUUUUGCCCAGAAUGGGCAGCCAGAGGAGGCGUUGCGUUACUUUGAUAUGUUCUUGAGGUCUGGAUUCAGGCCUGAUCAUGUCACGUUUGUUGGUGUUCUAUCUGCGUGUGCUCAUGCCGGUCUGGUUGAUAAAGGUCUGGAGGUCUUCCAUUCGGUAAAGGAUGAGUAUGGCAUCGAGCACACUGCUGAUCAUUAUGCUUGUGUGAUUGAUCUCCUCAGUCGUUCAGGUCAGUUUGAGCUAGCAGAACAGAUGAUCAACAAAAUGUCUGUGAAGCCCAACAAGUUCCUAUGGGCGUCCUUGCUUGGUGGUUGCCGGAUUCACAAAAACAUCCGCCUUGCAAGAUGGGCAGCUGAAGCAUUGUUUGAAAUAGAACCUGAAAACCCAGCAACCUAUGUUACACUAGCCAACAUUUAUGCGUCAGUUGGUCUGUUUGAUGAAGUUGAGAACGUGCGACAGAUCAUGGGGUCAAAGGGCAUAACUAAAAUUCCAGCCUCAAGUUGGAUCGAAGCUGGGAAAAGAGUGCAUAUGUUUCUGGUUGGGGAUAAGUCGCAUCCUCAAGCUGAAGAAAUAUAUGCACUUCUGAAGAAACUGUAUGUGAAGAUGAGGGAAGAAGGGUAUGUGGCAGACACCGGCUUUGUUCUCCAUGAUGUAGAAGAUGAGCAAAAGGAGCAGGACAUUGGUUACCACAGUGAGCGGCUUGCUGUUGCUUUUGGCAUCAUUGCCACUCCGGGAGAUGUUCCUAUCAAGGUUUUCAAGAAUUUGCGCAUUUGUGGGGAUUGUCAUACCACUAUUAAGUUUGUAUCACGGAUUGUGCAGAGAGAGAUCAUUGUCAGGGACUCUAACAGAUUCCACCACUUCAAGCAUGGGAGUUGUUCUUGCAGGGAUUAUUGGUGAUCUGUGCUUCAUAUAUGUAUGAUUGACUUUUGAGAUUCAGAACAACUAUCUAUGGUCAUGCGCGGCAGCUACUGUUGUAGCAACAACUGGCAGGUGUGGAUAUGUAAUGCAAGGUGGUUAGCAUGUCAUAUGGGAAAUUCUGCUUCUUUUUGCUGUAAUAUGUGAUGUGGAGUUGAUUACUAAAUGUUCAUUUCACUUGCU